AUGAUGGUGGUUGCUACCGGAGCCCCUUCGAACGGUGGGCUUCAGCAGCAGCAACAUCACCAUCAGCAGCAUCAACAGCAACAACAACAACAACAGCAGCAGCAACAACAACAACAACAGCAGCAACAGCAUCAACAACAACAUCAAGAACAUACACGUCAAAUUAUUACCUCUACCUUAGCACAACAUCAGCAACAAUUACAAAACAACAACACAACCAUAAUAGCAACUCACGCACCUAAUGGGGGCUCAACGGCGGUGACAGCCACCACCGCAACAAUCGCAGCAGCACCGUCCAAUCUUGAAGCUUUUUCCAAUAUCGCAACUGCAGCUCAAACACUCGAAUUAAGUUCUCUAAAUGCCGCCCAAUUAGUGGGAGGCCAUUUAACAGCAAAUGGUGAUUUUGUAACAAUGGGUGGCGUUGUGGUCGGACGCAUCCAUCCAGCCCCAGGCAGCAGUGGAGCUUUCCUACAGCACCAAUUGCGAAUACAAACGCCCCAUCUGGGUGUAAUUAAAAUGGAACCAUCGCCUCAUGCCACUGAAUACAGUAGCGGCAGCAAUAAUAACAGCAACAACUACAACAAUGCUAACAACACAACGAGACACUCCAACACAGCCAACGAGGGAUGAGUCCCCGACUAUGAGACACUGUUAGAAUACGUGCUCAACGAAGAUGACAAAUGGGUAGAAAUCAAUGGUAAUUUUGUUAUGGACUCAUCCAAGUGAAAGGAUCUACGGAUGGAAUACACGCAAACGAAUGCCAACCUCUUAACUUGGAAAGCCCCUAAGAAGAAAAAGAAA